AUGGCGACGUUCAUCUCGGUGCAGCUGAAGAAGACCUCGGAGGUGGACCUGGCCAAGCCGCUGGUGAAGUUCAUCCAGCAGACGUACCCGAGCGGCGGCGAGGAGCAGGCCCAGUACUGCCGCGCGGCCGAGGAGCUCAGCAAGCUGCGCCGCGCCGCGCUCGGCCGCCCGCUGGACAAGCACGAGGGCGCGCUGGAGACGCUCAUGAGAUAUUAUGAUCAGAUUUGUUCCAUUGAACCUAAGUUCCCAUUUUCUGAAAAUCAGAUCUGCUUGACAUUUACCUGGAAAGAUGCUUUUGAUAAAGGCUCACUUUUUGGAGGGUCUGUAAAGUUGGCUCUUGCAAGCUUAGGAUAUGAAAAGAGCUGUGUGUUGUUCAAUUGUGCAGCCUUAGCUAGCCAAAUUGCAGCAGAACAGAACCUGGAUAAUGAUGAAGGAUUGAAAAUCGCUGCUAAGCAUUACCAGUUUGCUAGUGGUGCCUUUUUACACAUUAAAGAGACGGUUUUAUCUGCCUUAAAUCGGGAACCUACUGUGGACAUAUCUCCAGAUACUGUUGGGACCCUCAGUCUUAUUAUGCUGGCACAGGCCCAAGAAGUCUUUUUUUUAAAGGCCACAAGAGAUAAAAUGAAAGAUGCCAUCAUAGCUAAAUUGGCGAAUCAGGCUGCAGAUUAUUUUGGUGAUGCUUUCAAGCAGUGUCAGUAUAAAGAUACUCUCCCUAAGGAGGUGUUUCCUGUCUUGGCUGCCAAGCACUGUAUCAUGCAGGCCAAUGCUGAGUACCAUCAGUCUAUCCUGGCAAAACAGCAGAAGAAAUUUGGUGAAGAGAUUGCAAGGUUACAGCAUGCAGCAGAAUUGAUUAAAACAGUGGCAUCUCGCUAUGAUGAAUAUGUCAACGUGAAGGAUUUUUCAGACAAAAUCAACCGUGCCCUUACUGCAGCAAAGAAGGAUAAUGACUUCAUAUAUCAUGAUCGAGUUCCAGACCUCAAAGAUCUAGAUCCUAUUGGCAAAGCCACACUUGUGAAAUCUACCCCAGUCAAUGUACCCAUUAGCCAGAAAUUCACUGAUCUGUUUGAGAAGAUGGUUCCUGUGUCAGUGCAGCAGGCUUUGGCUGCCUAUAACCAGAGGAAAGCUGAUUUAGUUAACAGGUCAAUUGCUCAAAUGAGAGAAGCAACCAAUUUGGCAAAUGGGGUGUUAGCAUCUCUUAAUCUUCCAGCAGCAAUUGAAGAUGUAUCUGGAGAUACUGUACCUCAGUCCAUAUUGACUAAGUCCACAUCUGUGAUUGAACAGGGUGGCAUCCAGACUGUAGAUCAGUUGAUCAAAGAGCUACCUGAACUAUUACAAAGAAAUAGAGAAAUCUUAGAUGAGUCAUUAAGAUUGUUGGAUGAAGAAGAAGCAACUGACAAUGAUUUAAGAUCAAAAUUCAAGGAACGCUGGCAAAGGACAGCAUCCAACGAACUCUAUAAGCCUUUAAGAGCAGAGGGAGCCAAUUUCAGAGCAGUUUUGGAUAAAGCUUUGCAAGCAGAUGGGAAAGUGAAAGAACGGUAUCAGUCGCACCGGGACUCCAUUGCACUUUUGUGUAAGCCAGAGCCUGAGCUGAAUGCGGCCAUCCCUUCUGCUAACCCAGCAAAGACCAUGCAGGGCAGCGAGGUUGUAAAUGUAUUAAAAUCCCUAUUGACAAAUCUUGAUGAAGUAAAGAAGGAAAGAGAGGGUCUAGAGAAUGACCUGAAAUCAAUGAAUUUUGAUAUGACAAGCAGAUUUUUGACUGCUUUGGCUCAAGAUGGUGUUAUAAACGAAGAAGCUCUUUCCGUUACUGAGCUGGAUCGAAUCUAUGGAGGUCUUACGACGAAAGUCCAAGAAUCUCUAAAGAAACAGGAAGGACUUCUUAAGAAUAUUCAGGUUUCACACCAGGAAUUUUCAAAAAUGAAACAAUCUAACAAUGAAGCUAACUUAAGAGAAGAAGUUUUGAAGAAUUUAGCAGCUGCAUAUGACAACUUUGUUGAACUUGUAGCUAAUUUAAAGGAAGGCACAAAGUUUUACAACGAGCUGACCGAAAUCCUAGUCCGGUUCCAGAACAAGUGCAGUGAUAUAGUGUUUGCACGGAAAACAGAAAGAGAUGAACUCUUAAAGGACUUGCAACAAAGCAUUGCCAGAGAACCUAGUGCUCCUUCGAUUCCUACACCUGCCUACCAGUCCUCUCCAGCAGGAGGAACUGCCCCCACUCCUCCAACUCCAGCGCCAAGAACCACAGCGCCCAGUAAGCCUCAGCCCCCAGCCCGGCCUCCACCUCCUACGUUUCCAGCAAAUCGAGCGCCUGCUGCUGCUGCCUCAGCUCCCGCGGUGACUGGAACUCCUGCACCUGCUGCAUCCCAGACUCCUGGCUCAGCUCCCCUCCCACAGGCCCAGGGCCCCCCGUACCCCACCUAUCCAGGAUAUCCCGGGUAUUGCCAAAUGCCCAUGCCCAUGGGCUAUAACCCUUAUGCGUACGGCCAGUACAACAUGCCAUAUCCGCCAGUGUAUCAUCAGAACCCCGGACAGGCUCCGUUCCCAGGACCCCAGCAGCCUUCAUACCCCUUUCCUCAGCCCCCACAGCAGCCUUACUAUCCACAGCAGUAA